GGGCAAUACCGAACUUGAAGGUUAAAAGAGAAAAACGGCAGCACAGCCUUUGCAUUUGAAUAUUGCCUUGAAUUUUUUUGUGAUCCAUGCGCGGUAUUAUCGAAGUUGAAAGCGACCACUGGUGAGAUGAAACCUGACCUGAACUCCGGGCCACCAUCGCCGACCAUGAAUGAUCUCUGUUCGGACGACCACGACGUUGUACUCCAGCUCAGGCAACCUUUACAGCCAGUGGAGAGUCAUAAAUGGAAUCUGAAGCCACCUUUGUCGCUCCAGAGGGCGUAUACACGGUUAUCGAGGAACACAAACCGUCCGUUCUGCAAACCCACGCCGCAGCUACCUCACCUUUAAGCUUUCCUACGAGGGUCAGCGUGAUCACCGUCAAGUAUCCGGUGAAAGACAAAGAUAAGGGUGGCGGAGGACAGAGCUUGGCUCAGUUGCUCGGUGGGAAUAAUUAUUCGAAGAAGGACAAAGAGAAAACUAAGGAGAAAGAGAAGGAGAAAGAAGAUGGAACUAGUCUAUCAAGCAAUGAUACCCCUCCAGACGAACAACAGGAUGAUUAUACCGCUCCAGCUAGCCCUACGGCUCACCAUUCUCACUCCUCAACCGCUCCGGCUAACACAAUCUUUUCCCAUCAUGCUCAGAAUUCAUCGUCUGCUGGAAAGAAUAAGAAGCCAAUGACGCCGGUCAAGUGGUCUAAACCAAGAAGUAAUAUGAAAACGACCAAUUCAACAUUUAUCACCCGAAAUCAACAUGCGGAAGGCUUUCCGAGGAGCCUGAAAGAUAGAGACGGCGACGUUACCUUCUUUUUCUAUAAUCAGGUCAAAACUGUGCUGUGGGUUGAAGCUGGCGCAAAAGCCAAGGAGCCUCUUUCCCGAACAAUGUUCUCCGCAUACCCAACCUGUCAUUCCAUUAACCAAUUCACCGCUUCUCCAGAACACCUCGACAUCAUCAUAGGUUUCCACACCGGUGAUCUCAUCUGGCUCGAUCCCAUAUCGUCUCGCUAUCACAGACUCAACAAAGGCGGCUGUGUAACCUCCUCAGCCUGUACCGCUGUUCGUUGGGUCCCGGCUUCCGCUUCUCUCUUCCUCGUAUCGCACGCAGAUGGUACGAUCGUUGUCUACGACCGGGACCAUGAAGAUGGGACCUUCGUUCCCCAAGAACCUAUAGGAACAGGUGGAAUAGGAGGAGACAAAUGGGAUCCGGUCGAUAGUAUAUUCGUUACGAUGCCUCCAUGGCAUCCUGCUGCUCGACAUGGUGAUACAGAUGUAUCAGACAAGUCCGACAAAUCCAUCAGGAAUCCUGUAAGUCAUUGGAGAGUCGCGCCAAAGGGAAAGGCAGUUGUGGAUUUCGUGUUUUCACCAGAUGUUAAGUAUGUUGGAGCUAUUUCUGAGGAUGGGUGUCUGAGGGUUAUUGAUGCGUUGGCGGAACAGCUGGUAGAUUGCUACUCAUCGUACUUUGGUGCUUUCACUUGCAUUGCUUGGUCACCGGACGGUCGAUUCAUUCUCACUGGAGGCCAAGACGAUCUGUUAACUAUAUUUUCUCCUUGGGAACAACGUGUGGUCGCGCGCUGUCAGGGCCAUUCGUCGUUCGUUUCGUGUGUCAGUUUCGACGAAACGCGAUGCGAUGGUAGGACAUAUAGGUUUGGAAGUGUGGGUGAGGAUAAUAAACUGAUUUUGUGGGACUUUUCCUCCGGCGCCCUUCACCGACCUAAGAACCACUUACACUCCCACAGCCAUCGACAGUCACUCAUGGGAACCUAUUCUAACACCUCGCUAGCUUUUCGCAGUCGCAGUGGUGGCGGCCCAAUGAGCUCUUCAGCACUCUAUCUUCCACCUUCCCUACCGCCAUCGUCGCCACCCCCGCUUCUCUUCGACCAUAGUACCGCAAACGAAUCACACGAAGGGGACGAUUAUGGUCUUACACACUCACAACGGUACCAUCCUGCACCGUCGCGUAACGAAAUUGCAGUCGUACAACCUGUGCUGAUCAAGAGUUUAUAUUCUACAUCACCCUCAUCCUCGAAUACUUCAACAGUUACAGCCACACCUGGUGUACAUACUCCCACAACUGCUACCACAACAACGACCUCUUCCUCUUCGUCGACAACACCGACCACACCAGAUCCUCUUCCCACCGCGAUUGCAUUUUUACCAAAACAUUUGCUGACGUCGACGAAGAACGGCGUGGUGAAGCUUUGGGUGAGGCCUUUAUCUUUCAAGGCGGCUGGUGCGAAUAAUCGGGCCGGACGGUGAAUGUAUGACAAGAAAAGUGGACUAGGUUGCUGUGAUACAGGACGACGAAUGACAGCGUUGGCAGAAAAAUAAUUUACCAUGAUAUUAUUAUCUAUGCUGACCGCAAGCAGUGCUUCAAGGUAGAAUCUAUCUAUACUAUACUCUCCUAUCAUAACGAUCCGGCUCCUUGUGGAGGCGACACCUCGAAAUUAUCUGAAUAACACUAUCGUGCCCGAA